AAUACAUAUUGUUCCAGUAAUCGCAAGGAGCAGUCAAUGAAACAGUACUUCAAAGAAUUUAAAAAGGUUAUUCAGAAUGCUGAUGUUAUUUUGGAGGUAGUUGAUGCUCGCGAUCCAAUUGGAACUAGAUGCAGCGAGGUUGAACAUGCCGUUCGUUCAGCACAUGGUAAUAAGAGGCUGGUAUUAAUAUUAAAUAAAGCCGAUUUAGUGCCGCGUGAAAAUCUUAACGACUGGAUAAAGUAUUUUCGGCGCCUUGGUCCAGUAACUGCUUUUAAAGCCUCAACUCAGGAUCAGUCUUCAAAGCUAGGACGUCGAAAGCUGAAGCAAACGAAUACAGCAAAGGCCAUGCAGGGUUCUGUGUGUGUAGGAGCCGAAUUGCUUAUGUCAAUGCUUGGAAACUACUGUCGAAAUAAAGGAAUUAAAACGUCAAUUCGGGUCGGUGUUGUUGGCAUACCCAACGUAGGAAAGAGUUCCAUAAUAAAUUCGCUGACUCGGGGAAAAACUUGUUCCGUUGGCUGCACUCCAGGUGUUACGAAGGUAAUGCAGGAGGUCGAACUUGAUUCCAAGAUAAAACUUAUUGAUUGUCCAGGAAUCGUAUUAACAAAUUCUGGAAAAGUAAAUUCAGAGGCAGUAGUUUUAAAGAAUGCUCAACGUGUUGGCGACCUUAAGGACCCUUUUACGGUUGCUGAAAGUGUUCUUAAGCGUGCUAGUAAAAAUUACUUCUGCAGGCUUUAUGAUAUAACCGAAUAUGAUAGUUUUGAAGAAUUUUUCGCGAAAAAAGCAGCCCGUAUGGGAAAAUUUUUGAAGAAAGGUGUGCCAGAUGUUGUUGCAGCAGCUCGAAGUGUAAUUAAUGACUGGAAUAGUGGUAAAAUUAAAUAUUGUACGCAGCCGCCUGAACUUGAAAAAGGGGGUGAUGUUCAUCUCAGUGCCUUAAUAGUGCAUACAACUGCUCGUGAAUUUGAUGUCGAUAAUUUCGAAGCAAUGGAAACAGAAAUUCUUGACAGAUUUGAUGUCAAAAAUGAAGAAGUAAUGAAAAUUAUUUCGAAUGAACCUACGGAAUUAAAAACGCCCUCAGAUGAUAGUGGUCCGAAAAAAUCCGGAGAUAUUGUAGUUAAUGAAAAUCUAAUUACAAUCAAAAAGCGCAAAUUAAAAGAACCGGAGGAUUCAAAGGAUCCCGUAAUGAACAUCGAAGUCCGAAGAUUACGUUCGAAAAGCAUUUAUGGAAAUAGGCACCUAUAAGGAGAAGCACACUGAUGUUGAUACGGACUUUAUGGAUUACUAGGAGGGUAAAAAGUUUAUAUAUCCCCGACAAAGAUAUCGCGCAUGUAUUAUACAUCAAGUGCCAGCAACACAAGUUAGUGGAGGACGCGCGUUCUCAGCACUAAGCUUAUUCUUAGCGAUUUGCGAUACAAUUUGUCGGAGCAGAACUUGGCAUCUAUAAAUAUUCAUGGUGAAAUGAAUUGAAGGUGGCACAUUGCCGAAACCGCUACUUUGGUUUUGCCGACUUUGACAUUUAUGGCAAUACGUAAACAAACUUUUUGUUUAUAAACAAGUGCAAACGUAUU